GAACGAGACGGGUGACAAAUUACAGAGGACAGAAAAUCUUACGCUCGUUAUUGCAGGCUCCCAUGGAAGCUCGGGGCUCUAUCAGCGAUGCUGGAUCUUCCCACUUCGCCACUCUGUCGCAGUUAGAUCUCCGACCAGGCAAACCCGCCAUGAAAACAGCUCCAUAGACGACAGUGGCGAAUCGCUGUUGCCGGAGGAGAUGAGGAGAGGUAUAAUCGGCGCGUUGUUGAUGUAUCAGGGUGAGCACGGCACUCGCCUUGUUCGCAAAGGAAGGAGGCUCGGUCGAAUCGCCAGGAACAAAUUCUGGUUCUGGGUUUUUCUCUUUGCAGCCAUUUUUUUUAUUCACUUGCUGCUCGUCGGCUUCAAAAUGCAUCCUCCUGCUAAACUAGAAGGUAGUGGUAAUAGUAUUAGUAUUUCGAUUCACCCAGAAAUUUUGCCGUCUGGUGUUGGAAAACCACCCAGAAGCAAGCGUCGUGCCAAGUAUUUGCCUUGUGAAGUUGGGUUGCUGGAAUCAGUUGAGUAUCUUGUUGAACCCUGGGAAGUCAGGAACUUCACACAUUUUUCACUGGAAUACAUUGACCAGGAGGGAUUACCUUCUCGUAGUAAUAUAUACAAGCCUAGAUUUGGAGGGCAUCAGACACUUGAGGAAAGAGAACAAUCCUUCUUUGCGAAAAAUCAAACUCUGCAUUGUGGAUUUGUCAAGGGACCCCUGGGAUUCUCAAGCUCUGGAUUUGAUUUAGACGUUAAGGACAAGGCAUACAUGAAUGGCUGUAAGAUUGUAGUAUCUUCUUGCAUUUUCGGAAGCUCUGACUUUCUAAGGAGGCCUACAAGCAAAAAGAUGAGUGAAUAUUCCAAGAAAAAUGUUUGUUUUGUAAUGUUUGUGGAUGAGCAAACAUUGGCCAAACUAUCAACAGAGGGACAUGUUCCUGAUGAUACAGGACGAAUUGGCUUGUGGAGGGUAGUCAUAGUGAAGAAUUUACCAUAUGAGGAUAUGCGCAGAACUGGAAAGGUGCCAAAACUUUUAUCACAUCGCCUUUUCCCCAAUUCAUGGUAUUCAAUUUGGCUUGACAGCAAGAUGCGACUUAAUACUGAUCCGAUGCUGAUUAUUGAAUACUUUUUAUGGCGCACAAAAUCAGAGUAUGCCAUUUCCAACCAUUAUGGUCGCCAUUGUGUCUGGGACGAGGUACUCCAAAACAAGCGUCUAGAUAAGUACAAUCACACAGCUAUUGAUGAACAAUUUACAUUUUACCAGUCUGAUGGCCUCACCAAGUUUGACCCUUCAGACCCGAAUACUCCUCUUCCAAGUUACGUUCCUGAAGGUUCAUUUAUAGUCCGGGCACAUACACCAAUUUCAAAUUUGUUUUCCUGCCUUUGGUUUAAUGAGGUUAACAGGUUUACCUCCCGUGAUCAACUAAGCUUCGCAUAUACUUACCUAAAAUUGAGAAGAAUGAACCCAGAGAGACCAUUCUACCUAAACAUGUUCAAGGACUGUGAGCGUAGAGCAUUAACGAAGCUAUUCCAGCACAGGGAAGCACCGCCUUCUCCACCCAUUACUUGAACAAUGAUUAUUGUUUAUAGUUUAUGCAGGGAGUUUUAAGUAUGUAGAUUCCCCAAGACUUUCCAAAAAAGGAUUGUAGCUGCUGCUUUCGGCUGGUGGGUUUUGUUGUUGCAGCUGACCACUUUGCACUCAGAGCGAAUUCAUUCGGCACUACAAAACAUCUACAGAUCUAAUGCGAUCAGAACUGUCAACAGUGUUGCUGGCUGAUUGUUUCUAAGGAGGGCAGACCAAGCAGCCAUUACGUUCGGCGUUCGCACAAUUGCGGUUGAGUUCCAAACAUAGUUAGGGACUUGUUUUUUCUUCUGUUGUAGUUUUCAGUUGCAAACCCAACUUUCUAAUAUUCUUGAAAGAAGGGUUUAACAAAUUGUAAUAUUAUUUGUGUAGCCUAUCAAUUUAAUGUGGAAAUUCUUAUAGUA